AAGAGUUUACGACUGUCUGAAAAGUUUGCGACAGUUAAGGAGACAACAGUUAAACAUACACACUUCUGUUGGCAACCUGGUCAGGAAUCAGAGGUGAGGGGUCUGGUGCUGGUGGAGAUGGAGUCUACCACGGAAUCGUUGACUACACAAGAGGGGGCCAUGAAACGCAUGCCCUGGAUGUCUGUAGCCUUCAUGAUCAUGAAGCACAGCCACGUGCUGACACUCAUGGCCAUCAUGGCCUGGAGCAUUACCUACCACUCAAUCCUGACAUUCAUGUUCCUCCUGACGGCCUGUAUACUGUGGCUAAUGCCAAACACCCGUACGGCCUGCCUGUGGAUCUCUCCCUUGCUGGUUUUAUAUGCAGAGUUCCUGCUGUUGAGCCAGUAU